AAAUAACCUACUGUCGAUAAAAUUUUUAUUAUUAUCUGAUCAACAAAUAUCUGUCUUACCGACAUGAAGUAAUUCACUGCGCGCCUGCGCAAUAUUUGUAAACAAACAAAGGUUAUGUGUGGAAAAUGCUACGUCAACACGUAUUUAAUUUACUCUAAAAUUAAUUAACAUUGUUAAUAAAAAUAAAAGAGUUACUAUAUUUAGAAAAUAUUAGCAAAACUUUCUAUACCUUUGUAUAUAAUAAUGAGUGCCAAUAAAAUUAAUAAUCAAGAGAAAAAUAAAUUAAAGUCAAUUCCUGGUACGAAACCAUCAUUGAAAAAUGCGCAAUUGCUCAUAUCAACCGGUAUUCCAUCACUAGACAACUUGAUAGGUGGUGGACUACCUAUAGGCACGAUAAUAUUAAUAGAAGAAGAUUUGUAUGGAUUUUACUCCAAAGCGAUGUUGAAGUACUUCCUGGCAGAAGGUUGUGUUGCAUCUCAUGAGCUCUUUGUCGCUUCUCAAGACAUAUCUCCAGAAAAACUAGUCUCAGAAUUGCCAGCGGAGAUUAGAAAUGAGCCCAAUCUGAUGCCAAUGAACCCUCAAAUAGACUCAAGUCAUGAUAAAAUGCAAAUUGCCUGGAGGUAUCAGAACAUGAAGGUUACUGAUUCACUGUCAAGCUGUCCCAGUGAUAACUUUGGUCACUAUUAUGACUUGACAAAAAAUAUGGACAAAGAAUUGAUCACCAAAACACACGUGACAUAUUGGAAUGGUGAAGAAAACAAAUGGCAGUCUAGUGAUUUUAAAAAUUUAGCUUAUGUAGAUCUGUUGAAGAGUAUUCAAGAAACAUUGAAAGAGAGACAGUUUUAUGUAUCAUCUAAUCCUGAGAAAAGGAAUAUCAUGAGAAUAGGAAUCUUAUCAUUGGGAUCUAGAUUAUGGUUAGCUGAUAAUGAUGAACAAAGUCAAUCAGAGUUGAUUAAAUUUUUAUACUGCUUUCGGGCGAUAUUGAGAAAUUGUUUUGCUGUUGCUGCCAUCACUGUGCCUUCUAGGAAUUUCGAACACAAUAAUAUUGUUGAAAGGAUAGAACAUCUUGCAGAUACUGUGAUAUCCUUGGAAUCAUUCGCGGGAUCUUCAAAAGAAACUAAUCCUGUUUAUAAAGACUACCAUGGUCUCUUGAAUGUUAGAAAAUUAUCAGCAAUCAAUACACUAGAGUCACACUGUCCUGAGACGUUGGACUUAGGCUUCAAACUUCGAAGAAAAAAAUUCACAAUUGAGGUUCUCCACUUACCUCCUGAUUUCGGUGAUUCAGAGCAUGAUGAUAAAAAGAUGUCUUUAACUGGAUGUGGAACAUCACAAAAAAUGUUAGAUUUUUAGAAGCAUACCUUAGUUUUAUUUUCCUUAAAAACAAAAAGAAUAUAUCCUUAAAGUAAACAAAUUUAAUAAACUGGUUUUUUAAUGAA